AUGAGUUCUAUUUGGUGCACGAAGCGCCUGGUUCUGCCACGACUACCACAGCUCAAAACGUGCAAGAACAUCAGCACAUCAAGCUCAGCAGCAAGAACCUCAGGAAUUUUCGGUGAUACCAUUACUCUACCUUCCGGCCGCCAACUCGGCUACCAUACCGCGGGUCCCAUCACCGGCACCCCCAUAUUCUAUAUACAUGGCCAUCCCGACUCCGGGCUCACCAUUACGGGACAGCUCGAAAACCGCGUCGCCAGAGAGCUCAACGUCAGGUGGAUUGGGCCCGACCGCCCUGGUGUUGGCCUAUCUUCACCAUAUGAUGCACAAAAGGUGCUCGAUUACCCCUCCGAUAUCCAAUCUCUCGCGGAACGCCUAAACCUUAAGAGAUACUACAUCCUUGGCACAAGCGGUGGCACGGGUUUCGCACUGGCAUGUGCUAAAAACCUCCCACGCUCCCAGUUGAAAGGUGUGGGCAUAUGUGCUGGGAUUGGACCUUACGAAGGAGGGUAUGAGAGUAUGAUCGAGCCCCAGCGGAAGGCGCUGGAAGCGUGGCGGGACUACCCAACCGAGUUAAGAAACUACUAUGAAUCGGAGUAUGUUCCGCUGGCCCAACAAACAGAAACCACCGCGCUAUCGAGCCGGAUCCACUCUGACUUCGAAGCGGCUUUCUCAGGUAUGGAUCGUGAGGUACUACUUGAAGAGAACACCUUCAAAAUGGCGGUCAAUGUAUUGCGGCAGUCGUGGAUGCAAGGAGCGUGGGCGCAUGCGAAGGGCAUGGAGUUUCAUUGGCAGCCAUGGGGGUUUACGCUGGAAGAUGUGGCAUUUCCUGCGGUCAAGCUGUGGUAUGGCGAAAAAGAUGCGCUUACUACUCCAGCCAUGGGUCGUUUCAUGGCGAACAGGCUUGAGGCAUCCGUGUAUAAAGAGUUCGCGGGGGCUAGUCACAUUACGAUAUGGCGGGAUGGAAAUUUGCAAGAGAUGGUGCGUGAUCUGCUAACGGUGUGA